AUGUGAGCUUUAAGAGAUCGCUUAAACGACGCAAUGUCUUGUGAUUCUCUAACUUUUGGAGGUAACGCAUUCCAAAGUUUGCAGGCUAAAAAUGUAAAGGAUCGAUGCAUAAACUCCAGUUUAAAGGGAGGCAAAUUCAGCUUUGUGCUAAGCCCACGUAAAUUGUGCGGUACAUCCUCAAAAGUACAAAAUUCACUGAUAUAAAGUGCCCCCUGGUCUACAAGUAUUUGUACAACAUAACUAAAGAUUGGCUACGUUGUUCCAGUCGUAUGACACAGAUUUCGAAUAGCCUAACAUAGUUCUUAAUAAAAAAUAGUUAGUCGUCUCCAUUUUGGUAGUCUCGGAAUUACCUACUCCCAGCGAAAGCGGACUACAGUACUCUAGGUGAGAGGGAAAAUAAACCUUGUAGAGACGUACUAAUACGUCCUCAGAAAUGAACUUACAUAUUCUCCGCAGGGCCGAAGCUUUUGUGCAGGCCUUAUUCAGCUGUUCCUUUAUGUGCGCUUUAAAUGUUAAUUUACUGUCUAAGACAACUCCUAGGAUUUUAAGUGUAUCCUUCUUAUCAACAUUAGAAUCAUUGAGAUGGAAUUCGUACUCGUAUGAUGAUGGCCCAAUGGCAACAGCUUACGUUUUAGCGGCGUUAAUCUGUAAAAAAAUUCAUUCUGAACCAUCUGGAUAGCACCCUCUGAUCGGAGUUAAUUACAAACUGCAAAACCAUCGGUGAGAAAUCAGAGGCGUAUUCAGUGGUGUCGUCAUCGUACAGCAUCUAAGACGUAUUGGUAAUAAAACAAUUAAGAUCAUUGAUACAUAUUAAACAAGAGUGGACCUAACAGGGACCCCUGUGGUACACAAGUUCUGUUUCUCCACGUAAAGUGUGCAUCAUCAAGCAUUUCCCGACGAGACGAGAGCAAUAUGGAGCCCAGCGCGUUGAGCCAACGUACUGCUCAAGCUUCACCUUCCCUGACUAAUUUGUUUUUAAGGCUUUUCCCACCAACCUAGCCACUUCCUCUUCUUCUUUCGAUGCCACAGCUUCACAAGAAUGUCCUGGAGAGCUCGACUUGCCAAGAGGGAUCGGCACUGACGCAAUGUUUUCGGAUAACUACAACAUCCUCCAAUGCACCCAUGGCAGCAAAAUGAUCAAAGACAGAUGCAGGCUUAGCAAUCAAUAAUUGCAAAGUUGAAUCAUCAGUGUCAACUGCAAUGGUGUCUGACCUCUUCUUCCAUUCAUCAAACCCCCUCUGGAUUUUUUCCACAGUUUUCUGAACCUGUACAGUCUGUGCAAGAGAAAUUUAUCACUCGCAUAAAGAAUAAUGAACUCAAUUACUGUUCAAAUACCAGUUCACUGUAAUUAAAACCAUCAACUCGCGAGUACACUACGAGUACUCUCGGUCCCAGUGAAACACACGCGCCCAAGCGCCUCCCGCGAGGGAAACAUCUCGGGAAGGAGCGCUCGCGAGAAAUCACUGAGCUUGACGUGGGAUCCACAAAUCCCCGCUACAAUUAUAUGACACUUAUAUCACUCGCCAUCUAAAUACUUGACUUGCCGUAUAAACAAACAGAAUAGUAAUUCACAAACGACUUGGCUAGCAUGUAAAGAAAAGCAAUAAUCAUUUUUUAAAACCCUUCACUGAUUUGUACAAAACAUAACUCACACUCUCCUAGCCCGUGAAAAUACCCCGUGGUUUGAAAUUUUCAAAAAACCACCUCACUGGAUUUUACGCACGUCGUAGUUGAAGUAACUCACAAACCACCUAGCUGGCUGGUCCAAGUACUGCGCAAUUUAACUUCAUGCUCAAACCACUUUACCGGCUUGUCGGAAUUCUCCGUAGCUUAAAGUUUGUUGGCUUAACAAAUUCACGUGUAUAUAUAAAUACAAACGAUUAUAUAUCCCUGUACUUGAAAGUUAAAUACAAAUUGUUUCUUACUUAUUGAAAACAUCUUCAUAAGGCUGAGAGGUUUACCUUAUUAGCUUGUUUAAAUACCCGCAGAUCCCCUGUUAGUCCUUAUUGAGUAUGUACCGUAUGGUGACCUGCUGGGCUAUUUGAGGAAGAGUCGGGGACUAAACGACACGUACUUCAAGGACCCUGAUAUCAAGCCACAGACCAGUCUAUCUGCGGAUCAGUUGAUGAAAUUUGCCUGGCAAGUCGCUGAUUAUUAUUAUGAAGGUGAACGUGAUCUUCGCAGUAGAAUGAACAACCUAAGAGGUGAAAAAAGAAUCUAAAAAUUAAGGCUUGACCGGGAAUCGAACACUGACCUUUGCAAUGACUGGACGCAACGCUCUGCUAUCCAUUGAGCUAAUCAAGCCGAUUGAGCUGAUUAGGUCCAUGGAUUGAGCGUUUUCCGGCCAUCGUAAAGGUCAGGGUUCGAUUCCCGGUAAAUCCUUAUAGUCUUAAGGUUCAUUUACAACCGCUUAGGUUGUUCAUUCACGUUGAAUUUCAUAUAUAUCGUGAUAUUUCAAUUCGUAUUCUAUAAGUGUCGAAUAAGGACACAGGUCUUUUCAUAAAAUCACGACAAAAGAUUUGACAGAUAUUUUUGCCUGGAAAAGGACACAUCAUAUAUUAAGCAUUCAAUAUAGCCGGAUAAAGGAGUAACAAGUCUUAUCUUUUCCUUAUUUUAGGUAAUCCAUCGUGACUUGGCGGCAAGAAAUGUUCUAGUUGGUGAAGGAGAGAAAUGUAAGGUGACAGAUUUUGGAAUGGCAAGGGAUGUGCAUCAGGAUGACAUUUACACCAAAAAAAGUCGGGUGGGUAUAAAACUGGGAAUUUGUAAACUUUCCGGAAUCGAUACUCUGAUAAAAAGGCAAAUGAGUUACUCUUAUUUUAUAAGGUUCUUCUAUUUGUUAAUGAUCAUCCCCGGCAAGCGAACGUGGUCUUUAUUCCUGAGAGACGAAUAUACCAAUUACAACAGGAAACUAAUGCCCAGCAGAUAAAAACCAACAUAUGUAAAUGCAGGACAUCAAAUUUUAAAGCUAUCUAAUUAUCAGAAAAUAAAAAAUAAUGGCAGCCUGCUGUGUAUUGAUGGGUAAGCAAUUCUUAAGUGACGAAGAUUGCUCAGUAAUCUCUAUUAAUAAAUUAAAGAAGUCAAUUUGUUUUGGAUGUUUAACCAAUGAUAAUGAUAUUUACGUUUUUUUUAUAAUACCAUUAAGGGACAAGUACUCCUUAAUUUUUGCUGGAUAUUUCAGCGUUAAUAUAUAAUUUGAUAUGUAAAAUUACAAAAUUGUCGUGGCAACGUUCCGCACGUCCCCAAGGUUUAAAAGGUUAUGAAUGAAAAUGUCAGGGGCAUUAAAGACGACGCUUUAGAAAAGCUAAACACACGAAAAAGCACAUCAAGAAAGACUCUAACAGAAAAAUUCCAAAAAUUUUGAACUUCAGAUUUAUGCUCCAAACUUUUUUGUGCGUCGAUACAAUAAGCAUGUAACACCUCCCCCCGCCCCCCCCCAAAAAAACGCAAUAGUGGGCGUUAUUUAAGACCCGUGAUAUUUAUAGGUAAUCAAAUGGUAUGACCUACAAAUUCUCUCUGAAGAGAACACCUUAUUUCGUUUAAAAUCGUUUUCUUUUUUUUAACUCUCAAGGGUCGCCUGCCUGUAAAGUGGACUGCUUAUGAGGCUUUGUUGUAUGGAGUGUACACAACACAAAGUGACGUGUGAGUAGUGAACAUUAUUAGGCAUUUGAAAUAGCCUUGUUUAUUUGUCGUUAACUACAGAUGUUCACAUCUCCCAUUCCUUUUAAUUUGCAGUUGGAGUUAUGGUAUUCUGCUUUACGAGUUACUUACUGUAGGUAAGCGUAGAUUAAAACAGAAACAAAACACAAUAUUGUUUUAAAAACAGUUUAAUAACCUGAGUUCUGCAUCAGUCAUUAAUUACAUAAUACAUUUGUAUCGCUCCUUUUCUCCAAUGAAUGAAUUUUAUUCUGUAGGAGGUUCUCCAUAUCCAGGUAUAAAACCUCGUCAAAUCGCGGAAAGACUUCAAAAAGGAUACAGAAUGCCGAAACCAAAGCACGUGGAUGAGAAACU